AGGUGUUUACAUGUUUCACUUCCGUUUGCCACAUCAACUUUCACGAUGGAAGCCCUGUAUGCAUUGCCUUUCAACGUCUUGGCUUGCCCUAAUCUCAAGUUAAAGAAGCCAACAUGGCUAAAACAGCCUUCUGCAAUGUUCAUGUUUUCAGCCAUCUUACUGUCUUAUUUCCUUGUUACUGGAGGUAUAAUCUAUGAUGUUAUUGUUGAGCCUCCCAGUAUUGGAUCUACAACAGAUGAAAGAGGAAAUUCAAAACCAGUCGCCUUCAUGCCCUACAGAGUGAAUGGCCAAUACAUCAUGGAAGGAUUAGCAUCCAGUUUCCUUUUUACUUUGGGUGGAUUGGGAUUUGUCAUACUUGACCAAACAAAUAAACCAACAACUCCAAGACUAAACCGUAUCCUCCUAUUAGCGGUUGGAUUUGUCUGUAUACUUCUGUCAUUUUUUACAUGCAGAGUAUUCAUGAGAAUGAAACUUCCGGGUUACUUGAUGUCCUAGGCUAGCCAGGAGGUGAGAAGUUGGAAGUUUAGAUGGGCCGAGAUAUUCUGCUAUGAACUUCGUCAGAAUUCCAUAAUCAUCAUUAUAACAUCAGCGUAAUAUUUGUUAUACUAAAACACCACAAGUGGACACAGUUAUGCAAGUUCUUAAUGUGAUGUGUAAACAUUUAUGUAAAUAUUUCUAAAUGUCCUUUUUGAUCUUUAAAUAAGAAUGCUUUAAGCCCAGUGAAUGUAGCUGUAUGUUCAUUCAAUUUCCACAUGUAACAAAAGGUAUUAAAUGUGUAUUUUAUCACUUAG